AUGAACUCCCGCCGGGCGCCGUACGUCUGUGCACAAUGCACAGCGCAGAUCAUCCGGCUGCCUCUGCGUCAACAACUUCGCCAUCCCGGGCGGCAAUUGCCAUGGCUGCGGCGUCACUACAGUCAGACCGUCCAAUCUGACCGGCCCUAUCGCGUCGCUAUUGUCGGCUCUGGCCCGGCGGGCUUCUACGCCGCAUAUAGACUCCUCGCGAAGGCGGAAAAUGCAGUGGUGGAUAUGUAUGAGAAGCUCCCGGUGCCUUUCGGCUUGGUGAGGUACGGCGUGGCGCCCGACCAUCCAGAAGUUAAGAACUGUGAAGAGAAGUUCACUGAAGUCGCCGCCUCUCCCCGCUUCAAUUUUAUCGGAAACGUCGAACUGGGCGACAAGCUACCCCUCCAGACCCUCAAACCCCACUACGAUGCAAUCCUGUUCGCAUACGGCGCCCCCAAGGACAAAGAGUUGGGUAUACCUGGUGAGAAGGCUGUGCGGAAUGUCUACUCAGCUCGCGAGUUUGUCGGAUGGUACAAUGGGCUUCCAGAGCAUCGAGAUCUGGCACCCGACCUUACCGCGGGGGAAAAUGCCGUGAUCGUCGGACAAGGCAACGUGGCUCUUGAUGUUGCCCGCAUUCUGCUCUCGGAUGUGGAUGCUCUGCGCAAGACGGAUAUCGCCGACUACGCUUUGGAAGCAUUGGCAGAUAGCAAGGUGAAACGGGUUCGGGUCGUCGGCCGUCGUGGACCCAUGCAGGCGGCCUUUACCAUCAAGGAACUCCGUGAGCUUCUCCAACUGCCGUCUGUGUCGUUUGAUCCGAUUCCAAAGGACUUGUUCCCCCCGGAGGACGUCAUGGCGACCCUCCCCCGAGCACAGAAGCGACUCGUGCAACUCCUCGCCAAAGGGUCUACCAACGACCCAACAACCGCCACCAAGUCCUGGGCUCUCGACUUCCUCCUGUCGCCAGAGUGCCUGAACUGGUCUCCGGUCUACCCCUACCGCCUGUCGCAUGUCAGGUUCUCGCGCAAUCAACUCGACCCGUCCGAUCCAUACCUCCCCAGCGCCAAGGUGACUCCGAAGUACUUGUCCAGUGGAAAGCCGGCUCAUGUCGACAUUCCCGCAAAUACCUUCUUCCGCAGCGUGGGAUACAAAUCCCUCCCGCUCCCUGGGUUGGAGGACCUCGGCGUGCCGUUCGACACGCGCCGCGGGGUGAUCCCCAACGAUGGAUUCGGGCGAGUCACGACGCCGGCGGAGACGGGCGACCAGGAACGGCUUCCCGAUGGCUCACUCCUGUCCCAUCUUCCGGGUGUCUACUGCGCCGGCUGGGUCAAGCGCGGCCCGACCGGUGUCAUUGCUACGACCAUGACGGAUGCGUUUACGACCGCGGACGCCAUCACGGCCGACCUCGCCAGUCAAAAGGGCGAGGGCUCUCUGCUGAACUCGCCGGGCACCAGCACCGGACUGGGAUGGGAGGGCGUGCGGCCCGAAGCGGAGAAACUGGGCGUGCGCGCGACCACCUGGCAGGACUGGGAGCGGAUUGAUGCGGCGGAGCGGGAGCUGGGCCGCCAGAAGGGAAAGCUGCGGGCUAAAUUUGGACGGGUCGAAGAGAUGUUGAAUGUGUUGUGA